CCGCGGCGACGACCCCGGCGGGAACCACACCCGAGUCGGAGCUUGCAUUUGAUUUCCAUCCUGCAUGAAGCAAGGACCCACUUGGCUGGUCCUGUGGGACCCACUCUGGGUCCUCGGACCUGGCUUGCUGCAUCAUCUUGGUGAUUAUGAAGUGACCCUCAGAGGAACAGUUGUACCCCAAAAUUAAGUCUGCACAGCACAGUUUGACCUUUGGGGAUUGAGAGAUGCUGAAUUCCAGGAGCAUGAAAAGAUUCUGUCUCCGGAUUUUCUUUCAGUUGCUCAAAUCACUGAAAUGCUAGCAGAGGACGUAGAUGGAGUUCAACAAAAACUGAAAAAGUUUUUGAAUUUCAAAAACCUUCACACCUGUUUAAAGGAAGCCAUUCUACUGGAUUAUUAUGUAUCUGGAUUUUUGUGGGCUAGAGGAAUGCAAUUUUCUGUUAUUCAGUAUUCAAAAUUUAUGACUUUACUAGAUAUGUUACUUCAUAAUCUUAGAACACUGCAUAUGUCCUUGGAAGACAGCAUAAAAUGGCUUGGAGAAGUUAUGGCUGAAAUAGGACCAUCCCAUUCACAGAAAAAUGAGGAAUGGAAUGUCUUUAAUAUAAAACAAGCCAAUGCUGUCAUCGAUUACUUAAAAAUCAGCUUAUUUCAACACUACAAGCUAUAUGAGUUUCUAUUCUACUCUACCAGAGAAGAAAUUGUGAUAGGAACGGAGCAAGUGUUAGAGGUUGUCAAGUCUUCAGGUGGUCUCUUCCCGGAUCCUCUAGAAGAAGGAAUCUCAUUUGAUACUUAUUCAACAUUCAUAGAGCCACCCCCAACACUGGAUACAGAAAUGAAGGGAUUGGAUCAAGAACAAGGCCCUGAUGAAGCCCAGUCAGAAGCCAACACUUCCGAUGUGGAUCCUUUAGUGGGUUUCACCAUCAAAGAUAUAAAAGCAGUUCUGGAUCAAGUCACAGAUGAUAUUUUAAUCGGCAUUCAGACCGAGAUAAACGAAAAGCUGCAAAUACAGGAAGAGGCCUUUAAUGCACGAAUAGAAAAAUUGAAAAAAGCCUGAGGACUCAGUACAAGGAGAGUCAUGCUAAACUUCACAGAAACAAACACAACCAGCCAGAAUAGUAGACUCUCCAGAGCAGCAUAUCUCCUUCAUUUCAUUGGGAGAGGAAAACCAAGCCUUACAUUUUAUUAUCCUAACUAAUUAGAAAAGUACUGGCCCCCCUUUUGCUAUCUCCUGUCCCGUAACAGCCUCCGAAUUUAUGGCACUAAGUGUAAUAAGAACAUUUUGUAUACAAGAGUUUGGAGAAUUAUAUAUAAAAAUACAAUUACUUUUACGAUACUCCUUUGACAUUUUGACUAAUAAAUGCUAUUCAUCUUCA